AUUGUUGAAGUCUAAUAUAUUGUUUUUAUUUAGUAACUAGUGUCUUACCGUCUUAUGUAUCAAUAACCUAAAUAUAAUUGCUAGUUAGUUGAUAUGAUUUCAUUAGUUGUUUAAAUGUUUAACAACUAUUGUUAUUAUUUACUACCUAGUACCUACUGGUUACUAGUUUUACUUCAGUAGAUUGUAGUCUGUUCUCUGUAUUUCUAAAGUAUUGUCAAAUUUCCAGAACCUGUCAAUAAUUAUUGCUAUUUGCUAUGCACAGAACAAUAACUUCUCUUCUAUGGAAAUAAUAUUGAUGGUCAGUACACAAGCAGUUGGUACCUCGUGAGUGUAAAUUAUUUAAUAUCUGUCGCCAAAAAAAAAAAAAAAAUUAAAAUGCCUUGUUGUGUGCCUCUGUGUCCGUCUAAUGCUCUAAAAGUUAGUGCAUUUGGAGUGCCCAAGAAUGAAACACUGAAGCUUGAGUGGGAAAGAGUUUUAGGUGUUAGCUUUAAACCAAAUUCCAAAGUAUGCCGCCGGCAUUUUAGAGAGGAAGACAUUAUUGACACUUGGGUAUCUGGUCAAGGAUUUAGCAAAUACACAAUUGAUUUGAAAAGGCCAUCUCUUCAAAAAGGUGCUGUACCCAUACGUUCGGCAUCAUCUAUAUCCAAGGAUCAAGUGGUUGAGGAAUCAAAGGGUCAUGAUAAUAUAGAUACUGCAUCAAAAGAAGGCAUUUCAUUGGUUUCUAAAUCCCCUGAAGUAUCAAAUGUUUUCACUGCUCAAUGUCAUUUGGAUGAUGAUAAUAAAUCUGAAAGUGAUUAUUCAAAACACAAAAAAUUAAGUAGAAGCGCAUCUGGAGGAAUAGUAUCAUCAUUAAAUGAUAUAAAUCCACCAAAAAGAAUUAUGGUUUAUAAUAUUUAUUGUAUAUAAUACUUAUUUACUAAAAAU